AUGGCAGAGGUGGGAUGGAGAAAGGCACCUACCAUCGCUGCUCAUGAGACCGGUAUGCUUUCUGGGAAGCCCCCGGUUCCCUUUGGCGUGGGGCGAGAGUGCCCCGGGCCGGGACAGUACCAUCUGCCUCCUACUGUCGGAUUUGUCAACCACGACUACACCAAGUUAACCAGCCCAGCUUAUUCCUUUCACAGGAGACUCAACAAUGGCAUGUACUUUAAAGACUCAAGCCCAGGUCCCUGCUAUUACGUGGACCCGCAACUCACUCGCUGUGGCAGGAGCGGAGGCCCAUCCUAUUCCAUGCUGGCGAGAUCAAAGACCCUGGCGCAGCCACGGACCCCUGGGCCAGGCAGGUACAGUCCAGAGAAAGCCCCACCUGUCACCCAGCGCAGGCCGCCGUCUUUCACCAUGGGAUCUCGUACCAAGUACCGGCGGGUGGAUCCCGUCCCUGCCCCGAACAGCUACGCUCUCCCCUCACUGCUGGGCUCCAGGGUCCCCAGCAAACCGUCCAGCCCUAGUGUCACCAUCUCAGGGCGGAACAAACAUGGUGGCUUUUCUGAGGACUUGUCCCAAACGCCCGGCCCCGGCCAUUACAACAGGACAGAUCCCAACACCUACUUGCACCGGGCACCUGCCUUCUCCAUUCGGGGGCGACGCAGUGCGCCCGGGGCCGCCUUCCGGACACCGGGGCCUGGAACGCACAGCCCCGAAAAGGUGACCGCCCACAGGACAAGAGCCCCAGCCUACUCCCUGGGUGUCCGGCACUCCGAAUUUGUCACUCCUCUCAUUGUGGAUGUUUCCCAGUGGGGCAGCAAUUCCCUGGUGUCAGGUCACUGGCCUUGA